AUGCUCAUUCUACAGCUGUUUAUCUAUCCCGUCAAGUCUCUCCCACCAGUUCAAGUAUCCUCGGUCGAACUUACAAACGAAGGCAUUCGCUUCGACCGCUCCUUCGUCCUAGUCAAUCCUCCCAAGGAUGACACCCGUCUAGCCAAAUUCCUCACGAUCAAGAAGCAUUUCAAGCUCACCCUGUUCAAGCCGGUCAUCGACGACUCGUGGACCAAAUUGACCAUUCAUCACAUUCACGCUGAUCCGCCAUCUUCAAUUACCAUACCUCUGACCCCCUCUCCGCUGUCCUUGCUGCUGAAUCGAACUUUCGAGGUCAGCAUCUUCGGAACGACCGCUAUUGGCAUUGAUCUGGGUGAUGAGCCCGCGGCGUUCUUCUCCAGACAUCUGCAGCAAGAUGUCCGACUCUUGACCAUCGGAGGCACUGGUCGGCGAGAGAUUCCCGGAGCAGCAUACAUUCCCAGUCAGCGGAGUGCUCUCUCCUUGGCCGUCCGAGAAGGCCUUCAACCUCAGCGAAUUCGGUUUGCUGAUGCGGCCCCUUUAUUAAUCACCUCCACUGCUUCCGAGGAAAAUGCAAGAUCACGUCUUCCAAAGGACUAUCAAGAUGAAGACAUCAUUCUCCGUUUCCGGCCAAAUAUCCACGUGGAUGUCAAGGGUCAGCUCCCACCCUACGACGAAGACAAUUGGUCAUCACUGCUCGUUCGAUCUCAAUCGGACGAGGCUCAGGAGGUCACUAUCAAAUGCAUCUUCAGGACGGUGCGUUGUCUCAGCCUAAAUGCGGACCCCGAAACGGGUGAAAUGAUUCGGCGAGAUCGACAGCUUUACGGAUUGCUUGCGAGCGAUAGAAGAGUGAACGACAAAUUUCCCCACAAGCCGGUUUUUGGCCAGUAUGCGUUCGCAGGGCCAUCUGGCGCCAUCCUUCGGACAGGUGAUCAGGUCUAUGUCACUGAAAGGGUACAGCGGACUUGA